AUGGCUGGACUCGAGGAUCUACAAUUGGAGCCCGAGAACGUAUGGGAUACUGACAACGAUGCGGAGAGCGCGGAGUCUGAGGCAUCGGAGGCGGGAGUCAUCACGGAUGAGGAGGACGAGCAGAACCCUUGGCAGGAUGGAUGGGAUGCUGAACCAGCCAUCUCGCCUCAGGAUCCAGACGCGAUAUGGGAUUCUGACGCAGAUCCGCAUCAAAACGACGAGGAGACCUCGAGCUGGACCUGGCGGCCAGGAUCAGAGCAAAUGUCAGCCUCGGGUAUUGCGCGCACACCGUACUCAGGUCAUCGGCGCUGGCGUCCUCUCAAUAACGCCUGGUUCCAACAUUCAGGUUGGGAAUGGAGGGCCAUACGCGCGCACGACCGCGCACAGGAAGAAGGUGUUCCCAUUCCCCCUCCACAUUCCCCCGACGACGUCACGAUAGGGCCACCGACCUCGCCUGCUACGUGGGAGGUACCAAAUCCGCCUAUCACGCGCUUGAACGGGGAUCUGGUGAGGGAGAUAUUCUCCUGGCUAAGGCCGGACGACGACGCUGCACCCGGAACCGGUUACUUCAACGAGAACGGUGAAGGAUACAAGCUGCUACGUGCAGCUAUCAGCGUCACAAAGGUUAACCGCUGGUGGUAUCAUACCGCCAUGCAGUAUCGCGCACUCUGGAGCGCCUUCUUGACGGCCGGCAUUACCGACGAGGUUUUCGCCAUCAUGCUAUAUCGCGCUGGCCCAGCGAUCGAUCUCAGAAUAUCUUUUUGUCCUGAGGUUAACCGCAAUACGCUUAUCUCCUGUAUUCCUCGUGCUGGCGCUAUCUACGCGACGGAUCGUGUCCAUUGGACUUCGUUCGGGGAAUACUUCCCGCAGAGGGAGCUUCCCAACCUCAAGGUUCUUUAUCUGCGGCCGAAUGAGCGUUACAUGCCCCGUACACCGCUGCCAUCGUAUACGGGGGAACCACUGGACGCACGCUCUCUCUCGGUGUGUGUCACGUCGACGCCCAUACUCUUCCGCAACCCCGAAUCGCUCCAGGAUCUCGAACUGCACUACUUUACACGCGAACAAGUGGAAGUCGUUCUGACCCCCGAGCUGCAUCUGCGCAAGCUCGUCAUCAAUCGACCUCGCGAGUGGGGCCGUGUGGCAUUCAUGGACAUCCUCCGCGGCACCGACAUGUCGCAGCUCGUCUACCUACGUGUGCGCGCGCUCGACAGCCAGGCAACCCCGAUCAACAUAUAUGACCGCCUACACACUCCCAACCUCGCCACCGCGGACCUCACGACGCCUCUAGGACUUGACGCAGUGGAAUUGAUGCUGUUGAAGGUCUUCAACGUCCGUGUGCACGAAAUGCUGUUCAUGCUUGAAGGGACGCCCGCGCUCGUGCACCUGCACACUCGUUGGGCACAGACAUCCGCCGACAUCGCCCCUUACUCUGAGCCACUGAGCAUGCCUGCGCUCUCUCGAGUCUACUUGCAUGGUAACUACUCGCAGGCGAGCGUGACCUUCCUCAAGAGCAUUCGUGGGCCGAAGUUGACGGAGGUUCGCGUAUUUUGCCAUCUCACUCGGCCCGCCGACUACGAUGCCCUUGAACCGGCGAGAGAAGCGCUGCAGCAUGCGCUUUCCGUUCAAGAUGCCACGUUCGAGAUGCUCAUGCAGUCCUUGCAAAGUGUGGAGAGUCUGCUGCGAAACGGACGCCAUCGCACACUCGUCGCUCACCUCAAUCCCGUGCUGGGACCUCAAGUUAUCCCGGCCGACGGAGCACCCCUCGUCGCGCAGGAUCUUCGCUCAGCAGCGGAAGAGCUUCUACCGCUCUUGAUUGGCGCGGAAGACGCGGUUCCUGAGCCCCACGGUGGAGCAUUACUCGCCGAGAUCGCAGAGGCCGCACUUACCGCUGCCGCUGGCGACGACAACGCCGAGAACGCUACCGCUCGCAAAUGCGACCUGAUCGCAGUUCGUGCCGGGCCCGUGCAAGGAGCCAUGAACUUUCAUGCACGCGUGAAAGGAGGAGAAGGCACGGUGACGUUCUCCAUGCAGGAAUGCGACACCUGGGGUGGCGUCGGUAGUGGAGCAGUCACCGAGGCGUAUUGCGUCGCGCAGGUCCUCACCGGGCUGCAGGUUCUGAAACCCCGCAUACUCUUGUGGGACGGCGAGCCUAUGCUCCCGCCAGAACUAGGCGGUGCCGAUACUAAUCUGCUCAUGGACGUCCUGGCUACUUACGACUUCGUGGAGGAGGUUCAGCUGAACUUCAACCAAGUUUGGUCGUUGGGUCACGCCGAGCCGCGCGCGAUGCUCGACCUCUUGAGCAAUGGUGAUACGCUUCCCCAGCUCAAGGAAGUGUAUGUCGGCUUGAUGCCCGGCUUCAAUAACUCGCUGGGAUUCUGGGGGGAAAGGUCUUCCACGGUGUCGGCGACGCUAUGGCAAUCGAUCAUGGCUAUGUUACAGGCGCGGAGCGAGGCCGGGGUGCCAGUGGAUAUAUUGUCUGUCGGCGGGGAGCUCUGCUUGAAUGAGCUGCACGUAGGGCAGGCCGAAACUUAUGUCAAUACGGUGGACGUCUCACGCGUGAGGUGCAAGCAUCCGGGGGGUAUCAUGAACUGUCGUGACUGCGUCACGAGAAUGUAUUAG